GCCGUGAAGGAUUCCGGACGCUGACGUCGGAGCGGCGCCGGGCAGGGGAGACUCGGGGCCCAGAGUGACCAUGACGAAAUUAGCGCAGUGGCUGUGGGGACUGGCGCUCCUGGGCUCCACCUGGGCGGCCCUGACCAUGGGCGCCCUGGGCCUGGAGCUGCCCGCUUCUUGCCGGGAGGUCCUGUGGCCACUGCCCGCCUACUUGCUGGUGUCCGCAGGCUGCUAUGCCCUGGGCACUGUGGGCUAUCGCGUGGCUACUUUUCACGACUGCGAGGACGCCGCCCGUGAGCUGCAGAGCCAGAUCCAGGAGGCCCGAGCCGACUUAACCCGUAGGGGGAUGCGCUUCUGACACCCUAACCCCAUCCCCACCCGGACAGCCCGCUCUCCCAUUCCCCAUUAAAAAGCCACUUUAUUUUCUA